GCGAUGGCCAGGGUUCGGUUGCAUCGAGUGUUCGUCUGCUCUCAGACUUGGCGUCUGAGCAUGCUGCCGUGCGUGGGCGCCAGUGCCGUCGGUGACCGAACAGUGUCGGAAACGUGGUCGAUGUUGUCUUCUGUUCCAUCGGUCGAAGGCGCCUCAGGUAAAUCUCCGCGUCCCCGCUCCGUAGCCAGUUUGGCUCAAGCCUCUUUGGCUGAAGAUUUUGUCCAGUCGCACCACCAGUUGUGACUGGUGCCACUGGCCGAUUUUCCCAUAACACUUCUUGAGCGAUGCCAGAGGUCGCAAGCAACGUGACGUUUGAGAACAUCGCCCGCGAGUGGCGCUUCAAGUGGUCGGAGGACGGGGAGAAGAAGUCGUUGGUCGAAGCGCAGACCUUGGUGGAGGAGUACUUGGCCGACUUGAGUUCCGUGGAGGGCGUCACCAGCGUGCAGCGCGUAGUGUGCGGCGGUUGCCACGACUACAAGGUGAUCACGAAGCUCCCCGCCGACGCCUUCAACAAGUGGUCGGAGGCAGCGUUUUCGCCCGAGGCGGAGUUUCUGGAGAAGGUCAAGACGAUUGCCGGUAUCACCGCUGUCGAAACGCAGACGUUCACUCUGGAGGAGGUAAAGUAUUCCAACAAGCAGAUCAAGAGCGCGAAGGAGAAGGCGAAGAAGGCGAAGGCCGCCGAAGGCAGCACCGCGGUUGAGGAGAAGGUGAAAUCGCCCGAGGAGUUGGCCGAGGACGCCAAAAAGCAGUUGAAGAAGGUGAUCAAAGAGGGUGGUAAGCGUGGCGUUGAGAUCGAAGGCGCGGCCGACAUGGGGGGCCUCCAGUUCUUCUGCACCAGCGUGGAGGAACCGCAGGGCGACUUGGCGCUGACAAUGAAGAGCGUUGCGGCCAUGAACGAGAAGUGCGAUCCCACCGAGGAGGAGCGCAAGGGAGGCUCUGGCCACAUCGGCAAGAUGGUGUUCUCUGCGGGUGUCCACCAGCUCGCCUUGGUGGCCUACGUGCCCGAGGCGAAGCAGGCAGAGUGCAGUUGCGAGGAGUGGUUGGAGAAGGUCCUGUCGCUUUACCCCACGGGGAAGAUGGUGGACAAGGCCAAGGAUGUGUGUACAGCCUUCAUCCCCACCGACAGCGACAAGAACAUCUUCCCGCUGAAGAUCCGGGAAGGCCUGAUCCUGGAGGCCAACAAUUUCUUGCGCAAGAAGGGCCUCUUCCCGGAGGACAACGGCGACGAUAGCGACGAGAUGGUCUUCGGCGAUGACGACUUCCCGUCCUGUGAAAUGUGAUUGCUAAGACAUCGAGCCGGAAUGGAUUAUAGCAGUUCUGUUUUCACCUUGCGGCCCAAUUUUGAAUGUAGAAAUUGUACGUUUCUUGGUGGGCUGAAUCGGUUGCCCUUUUUGUGGUCGAGGCGCCUGGCCCGCGCGCGUUCCGCAUGCGCGUUAUCAGCGCCACACGCCCGCCCUGUACAGCCGCUGCAGCUCGAGGAGUGGCAACACCAACUCCCGCGGACAGUGCCUGCACUUAAGGGUUGUCUUUGCCUUCUUAAGUCGUUGGUGGGGAAUGUCGGGUUCUUGCACCGCACAGUUUCACCUCAUCAAUGCAGUAACGCACUGCUGUGGGUUCACGCUGGCUAACAUGAGACAAACGAGUACAACGA